UAGUAUAUGUAUAUAAAUUAUAUGUAUACUAGCGUAUUGUCCAUAUGAAUAUUUCGGCGUUAAUAUCCCGUUACUUUUCUGGGAACAACAUCUUGCAUUGACCAAAUUGCUUUAAAUUUGUCAUUUGUAGUGUAUCAGUGCACGUGAGUAAUGGAUCGUAAAAGGUUGAAGUGUUUAACAUUAAAAGAGAGGGCUGAAGUCCUUAACAAAAUUAAACGUGGACGUAGUGUUACUUCUCUAGCGAAGGAAUAUGGGGUAGCCAAGUCCACCAUAAGUCUUAUAAAAAAGAAAGAUAAGGCAAUUUUAAAACCAGUAAACAACACGUUUUUGGGUCCUGGGAAGAGGAGAACUUUAAAAGCUUCUGAGUUUCCUAAAAUGGAAGCCGCUUUAUACAAAUGGUUUCUGUCCCAAAGAAAAAAGAAUUACCCAAUAAGUGGACUCAUCUUGAAAGAAAAAGCGAAAGCUUUUCAUACCCAGUUGUGUGGGGAAAAUUCUACAUUUUUUGCCAGUGACGGGUGGCUUCAAAACUUUUAGAAACGUUAUGGAGUACGUUUGUUAAAAAUUUCUGGAGAAAAACUGUCAUCACAGCCAGAGCUGGUAGACCCUUUCAAAAUGGCUUUACAAGAAAAAAUAAAGGAAAUGGAGAUAUGUGCCGACCAAAUAUAUAACGCCGACGAGUCCGGAUUGUACUGGAAACUUCUUCCUGAGAAAAUUUAUGUUUCGUUGUCGGAAAAACAAGCACCGGGAAGAAAGUCUGAAAAGCAGCGUUUUACAUUUAUGGCAUGCACUAACGCUACCGGCAACCAUAAGCUUAAAUUUCUCGUUAUUGGAAAAGCAAGAAAUCCUCGUGUUUUCAAAAAUUUUAACUGUCCGGUGGAGUACAAAAAUUCCAAAUCAGCGUGGAUGACUUCGGAAAUUUUCAAAGUCUGGUUUCAUAAUUCGUUCGUGCCGCAGGUAAAAUCCAGAUUCAUUAAAACAAUUUUUUUAACCAAGUUAAAUGACUUUAAUAUUUAGGUAAGAAAAUAUUUGAAUGAUGGGGGACUACCUGAGAAGGCUCUUCUUCUAAUUGAUAAUGCCCCAUCACAUCCCAACGAAAUCGAAUUAAAGUCCGAGGAUGGUUUAAUUUUAACUAUGUUUAUGCCGCCGAAUGUGACACCAUUGAUCCAGCCAAUGGACCAAAAUGUAAUUCGUAUAACGAAACUAUACUACAGAAAUUUUCUACUGGCUUCCAUUUUCAACAAUAAUUGCGAUAUAACCGAAUCUAUGAAAAAAAUUAAUUUAAGAGACUCAGUAACUUUCUUAGAUGCAGCUUGGAGUCGGUUAGAAAAGGAAACUGUAUCCAAAUGUUGGAAAAACAUUUUGAGUUUUGCCAACUUAGGCGACUCUGAUGAAGAUAAUAUUCCAUUGAGCAUUUUAAAAAAACAAUUGUUGGAAGAAAACCAGAUAGUAACAGACUCUCUUCUUAAUAAGAUUAACAAUUUAGCCCCACAGGUCGAAUUUACGCUUCAUGAUGUUAACAAAUGGAAUGAUGGUGCCGAAUUUACCGACACAGAAGUAAUAAUUGAAACUAGUGAUUCUGAGUCUGAGUUUAACAACACAACUGAGACAUGUGAGCGGAUAUCAUCUGAGGAAGCAGUUAGCUCUAUCAAUAAGGUAAUUCAGUGGGCCACAACUGAACAAGUAAGCCCCGCAAUGGUUAACACUCUUCAAUUGCUGCGUGAAAAAGCCAUAUUCAACAUUGCUGCAGGCAAGAAAAGACAAACACACAUUACAACUUUCUUUUCGGCCUAACUUUUCUGUUAAAGCUGACUUUUUUGUGUAACUGACACAAAGACUGCCAAAUAUUCGACGAAAAAUAUUGAAACGAAUUAAUUAUUUUAAACAUAUUCAUGUUC